AGAGCAGGGAGUAACGGGACUGUGGUCGCGGGCAGCCCCAGCCACGCACCAUGCCCUAUCUGCUCAUCAGCACUCAGAUCCGUAUGGAGGUGGGCCCCACCAUGGUGGGUGAUGAACACUCGGAUCCGGAGCUGAUGCAGCACCUGGGGGCCUCCAAGAGAAGUGUCUUGGGAAACAACUUUUACGAAUACUACGUCAACGACCCUCCUCGCAUAGUCCUGGACAAGCUGGAAUGCAAGGGCUUCCGAGUGCUGAGCAUGACAGGGGUGGGCCAGACGCUGGUGUGGUGUCUGCACAAGGAAUGAGCUGCUUGAGCUGACCUGUUCAGAGACCGCCAUGUGCCCUGCCCACAUCCUUGCAUCACUGUUUGCCCUGCCUAUCUCUUUCCAAAUUGUCAACUCCCUUGCCCAAUACUGGUGGGCUGUGAACAGCCUAAGGGACCUCGCUCCAGCUGGUUGGGCACAGCAGGCUCCUGCCCUGGUGCUUUCAGCUUCCCCCAGCUAGGCCUGACCCUGGCUCUUGCUGUAGGCCACAUGCUGAAGGCAAGCCAACCCGAGGACGAGGACAGUCCCUGGAUCCUACACAGCUAAUCCAAGCCAAUAAAGGGCUCUCACAAGUGGUUGUUCCUC